AACAAAAUACCGGAUUUACAAGCUCUUAUACAAAUUGUUACAUCACCUUCCAUAAGGAAAGUGUCGGGUUGUUUAUCAUCAAAUAUUAAUAAUCGGAUUAAACCUACAAGUAAACCUUUAUCAAGAUAUGAUAUUGCAAGAGAGAAAUUAAUACUUGAAAGUUUCCUUAUGAAAAAGAAUAUGGUCAAAUUUAUGAUAAAAUUAAAGAACCAAUUGAUGAAUUCAAAGGAUGUCGUAUUUUUAUAUAUGGUCAACCUUGAAUUGAAUUCUUUUGAAUUCGUUGAAAUUAAUGGAAUGAAAGUUAAGCCUCACGAUAAAACGCAGAAUCUUAUAUUUUAUGAUAAAGAUCAACGAGUUUUAAUUAAUAUUUUGGAAUGGACAGCUUUACCAAAUUCUAGAUUCGUUUUGAUUGCUUUGACGAAUGUUGAACCGGAAGCUGUCGAAUUUACUGCAAGAAAAGUGAGAGUUAUUUCACAAGAUGCAAGAAAUGCUCUGUUUAAUGCAG